AUGGAUCAUGCGUCGAACCCGACUGCAAAUCCGCCAUCUCGCAAUUCAAUACCUUCGUCUGACGUAGAACCCCUUCGCAAUGUCGAUGGCUUUGAUGAAGACUGGGGCGAUUUUGUAGAUUCAGAAUAUGAGUUCGAUAUUGAAGCGGUCUCUAAGGAUGUUAACCUCUACCCUAGGGGCAUAUGCUACCUUAUCCAGAUUGGUGAGGUUCUCGCUAGUCGUGUGAGAUUGUCCGUGCUGCAUGAGACACUAUGUAUCUUCUGGUCUAAGAACACCUUUCUUCUACAUAGACUCCACGGUCACCAUCGAGUUAUGGUCUUCUCUUUGCUAGGCCUGAACCUCCGAGAAUAUCCACCUAAAAAAUCGCCUGCCACCUGCAUCUCGUUUGCGAUGCAGCUGCUGCAAGCCUUGAAAAGCCUUCACGAUGGCGAGAUCGUGUAUGGGGACUAUCAACAAACCCACCUCCGAAAGCGUUUCACACUUGUAUCAACAAUUGCAUUUGGCUUUAUAACUAUCAACUCCUGGGUUGCCUUCGCCUCCGGUCUCGCCGUCCCUCUUUCAUGCGGCGCUGAACCAGCUCUCAUCUACGGUCUUCUUGUCAGGGGCAUCGUCAUGAGUAUCCUCGCAGCGGGUUAUGCUGAACUCGCUUCUGCCUUUCCAUCUGCAGGCGGCCAGUACCAUAUAGUCUACAUGACAUUUCCCGCUUCAACACGUCACUUCGCUGCUUUCUUUACGGGAUGGAUGUCGAUUCUGUACACCAUAGGAGCUACGGCGUCUUGCAGUUUCUUUGUCGCACAGUCGAUCUUGAACUUGGUAGCGCUCUGGAACGAGACAUAUGUUAUACAGAGCUGGCAUGUCUAUCUUGUCCAUAUCUGUUUAUGUACUAUCGCCUUCCUGGCUGCAUCGCGAUUCCCUGCAGCUAUUGGAAGCAUCGGUGUUUCAGUGUUUUGGAUGUCAAUUAUCGGCUUCAUCGCAUCGCUUGCAAUGUUCUUGGCAGUUCAAGUGAAGCAGCCCAGUAAAUUUGUCUUUACCGAAUUCACGAAUGUUUCUGGGUGGACAGACGGAUGA